AUGGCUCCACGGUUGAUCUGUAAACCCUAUAAACAUUCCCAUUCUCGGCAAAGCUUCUUUGCGGGAGAAAAUGAGUUGGCUUCUAAUGAGAAUAUACUUAAUGCAAAUGCAAAGGGAAGAUCUUAUACAUUAUUUCGAGGUCACUCUGGACCUAUUUAUUCUGCCACUUUUAGUCCAUUUGGAGAAUUUCUUCUCUCUUCUUCAUCAGAUUCGACUAUUCGAUUAUGGAGCACAAAACUGAAUGCAAAUCUUGUAUGCUACAAGGGUCAUAACUAUCCUGUGUGGGACGUUCAGUUUAGUCCACUAGGACACUAUUUUGCAAGUGCUUCACAUGAUUUGCAUAUUGCUUUGGUCUUUGAAAGACUCUGA